AUUCCUAAUAAACCAUGGAUACUAUUACAUGUGGUACACUAGUAUUGGUACUGUUAUGGCUCUACCUGUGUUGCCAGAUAUUGGGUUUCUUGUUGACUAUCAUAGGAAAGUAUAGCACUCCAUUACUACUACAGUUCUAUUACUUACUAUCCAGUACUACUGCAUUACUACCUACAGUUACCACACUAUCUACUCUAUUGCUAGGAACAUGUCUGUGGCAAUGCAAAAAUGCUGGGUACCUCGUGUCGCCAAUGACCCGAUAUCAUUGGGUGCUACUGGUGCUACUAGUAAUACUACAGAUAGUGGCAGUGGUAAUGGAGUAUAUGGGUCUACAGGGAUUUGAUGGUAUCGGAGGCUUUGGUGUCGAAUGGACAUAUCCCAUUUACGGUAUAGCAGUGGUGAUACUUGGUAUACUAGGUGGUACCCUAUACUGCGGCUGGAAGUGUAACCUGUUUUGUAGACCAUGCUGCAAGAGCCAAUACAUGUGCUAUGGUAGUGCAAUAGUGGUAGUACUGGUGAUUCUUAUAGUAUUAGCUGUAACAGCCUCCAUUGUACGUUUCUUGGACAGCAGAGGAUUCGUUGGUUACGAACAGCCUACUGAUGGGCAGAACGAGAUUCUGACUAUUGGUUACUUUUGCUACAUAAUAAUACCUAUUACGCAGAUUUACACCAUUACAGUGUUAUGGAAUACAACUUUUAAACUACCCUAUACGGUACUAGAAGUGGUUGCCCUACUAGCGUCGGCACUGGCAGUGGCCUCUUUAUUGGCAGUAGUUGGAGGUACUCAGGAUCACCAAGUUGCUAUCGUAUACUCCCUUUUAACACUUCAUCUGGUGUCACUGGGAAUUACCUGGUACUGCCUGCAAUAUAAAGAGGUAUUCCACUGGCCCAAGCAGUACCUGUGUUUUGGGUUACUGGCAGCAGUGGUAAUACUAGUAGCAUUUGUACUGGUAGUGAUACAUAUUGUGGACCCUAACGAACAGAAGGAUGAAGCUGUGCAAUACAUCCUUCUGGGCUACUCAAUGGUACUGAUGGUACCUACAUUGUGGUAUGCAUACCGAUGUGGUCUAUUGACAUGGAAGUGGAAUUCUUGUAUCCCCAAGAAAAGCGGUCUCAAGGCUACUGACACUGCUGAAAACAAGGCAGCAGGCACUGAUAUCACAACAGAGUAGUACUGUCAGUGU